GCUCGCCUCUCUUUCACACAAUGUUUCAGUUAAAGUAAUAAACAACUUCGAGAUAGCCACAGAUUUGAAACCUUAAUUCGCUCCCCAGUCAUUUGUGCUUCAGGAAUUACUUGCUUCUGCUUGCAUUGGCCGUAACAAAUAAGGGUUUAAUUACAAACCAGAACAUUGAUUAAUUGUUUUAAUUAAUCAAGGAUUUGAAAAAUUACAGACGAUUAAUAAGCAGAAGUUCUCCAGAAUUUCGAAGAAGAAUCAAAUUUGGCAGCAAAUCAUUUUGUCCGCCAUUUGAAGGACCUUCCAGUUGACAAGUCCACCUAUCAACACAUACCUGUCCCCUGGUAUGUGUGUGUAGUUGUGCUUUUUUGGUAGACUCAAUUAACAGAGAACAGCCAGGGGUAGGACAUCUCUCUGAAGUAUGGUGAAUGUAAUACCCUGUAUCGAAGCACAUCAAGAAAACCAGGAUGAAGUUGUGAUUAGUGUUCAGGGUAGAGUGGGCAUUAGACUUCAUGGUACAGUGAUCAGUGAGGAGGUAGACAUAGGGGACAGACAGAUCGUGAACAACAGCAACGGAGUCAACUAUGGUGAAGGGUCAGAUAUUUGGAACCAAAGCGUAGAGUUAGAUUCCAGGGUGCGGAAUGUUGUAAAUGAUGAAGAGGAAAUGACAGAAAGUGUCAGGAUGGAUGCUGGGGUGGAGUAUCUCACUGAAGAAAGGGGUAACCAGGUAGAUGUUGAGGGCAUGAUGAGGGAAAGAGAUCGGGUGGAUGCUGAGGGUGAGACAAAAGAGAGAGACCGGGUUGAUGCUGAGGGUGUGACGAAGGAGAGAGAUCGGGUGGAUGCUGAGGGUGUAACAAAGGAGAGGGAUCGAGUGGAUGCUGAGGGUGUGACGAAGGAGAGAGAUCAGGUGGAUGCUGAGGGUGUGACGAAGGAGAGAGAUCGGGUGGAUGCUGAAGGUGUGACGAAGGAGAGAGAUCGGGUGGAUGCUGAGGGUGUGACGAAGGAGAGAGAUCGGGUGGAUGCUGAGGGUGUAACAAAGGAGAGGGAUCGAGUGGAUGCUGAGGGUGUGACGAAGGAGAGAGAUCAGGUGGAUGCUGAGGGUGUGACGAAGGAGAGAGAUCGGGUGGAUGCUGAAGGUGUGACGAAGGAGAGAGAUCGGGUGGAUGCUGAGGGUGUGAUGAAGGAGAGAGAUCGGGUGGAUAGCGAAGUAGUAACCAAAGAGAGAAGCUCUGGGGACACAAAUGGUGUGAGUGCCAAAGUAUUAACUGAACAAAACAGCAAACUGGAACAAAAAGCCUCAAACUACAGCAACAACAGUUGCAGCUGUAAUCAACUCCAACACUAUCAGAGUAUGGAUGAGACGGGGUUAUCAAACAAUAGAAGACAUUUAUCUAGUGUGACCCCACACACUCCGACUCAUCUAACACUCUUCUACAAGCCAUCAAUGCUUUCACCCCAGGUGAUGAAGUACUUUCCGAAGGAGGUGAUUGUCCGUGAGAAAGGCAAACAUGUGUCUUUUGGACGGAACCUCAGUUCUGACGUCCAGCUCAAUGACGAUUGUAUGUCAAGGAACUAUGCUCUUCUGUGGUUGCCCGUCAACGACUGUGGGACAUUUAAACUGCGCAACAUCAGCUCAUCAAAGGAAGUGGUUGUAGAUGAUGUCCUCCUCUAUCCUAACUGCAACAGUGAGAUGAUCGUCAACAACAACAGUAAAAUUGUGCUUGAUAACAUUGAACUAACAGCAGUGGUGAGAGCAGGAAGCCCUUCAGCAACACAUUAUGAAGUGAAAAUUGAACCUACAAUCUCACGAAGUACUUCGUUACAGCAAGAACCAACUUGGAUGUCCAGUAGUCGUAAUGUCGGCAGCACAGCUCACCAGACUGAACACAUUGUCUCCUCCACGUACCGAAGAAGCUUGUAUGCCCAUUCCAGAUAUCACAGUACCGGACCAGUCGAACAUGGCCUCUCCAAAGAAGUCUCCAGAAAUCUCCUCCCGGAGGAAAACUGAAUAUUUAUCGGGGGAAAAAUCUAAACCUCUGCUUAUUCACAUACUGGAAGGGACUCUAAGAUGCAUACAGACAUCUUUGGUAUUCACAAAAUAAAGGGACUUCAGUGGGUUAUAUAUAUAUAUUAUUAUUUUUUUUUUUUUGAAACAAACCC